AUGAAGUUUGUAUUUGUGCUAUCGCUGAUGCUGUGUUACAGUUCAGCUCAGAGUGCUGAUUCAAGUGAGUAUAUUGUACAGUCCAACCUAUGUAAGUGAUUACCUUUCGUAAGCGAGCAUCUAACCAAAACACCAAAACUUUCCCAGUGAAAGCCCUACAGUUGGUACCUCUAGUAAACGACCACCUCUUGUAAGCGACUGCGACCAGUAUUUGGGUCUGACGGUUUAAUGAUUUCCAUUGGUUUAACCUCUUUUAAGCGACCACUUCAUGGUCUUUCAAGCAUUGUCUGAUCUCUAUUUUGGCAGUGUGUACUAUGCUAAUAGGAAUAUACGGAGAACUUUAGCAAAACAUGGAACUACACACUUGCAAUACCUUAUCUUCCAUGAAAAAAGUUGUUUACGGACAUCUUCACCUUCACCGCGUUUUUUGGGGGUUCUCUUGUAUUUUUAUCGCGCAGAAUAUCAUGACUACGCCUCUAUUUUUCUCCUGUCCGUCCACCCAAUCAGCUGACAUUGAGAAAGCAGAAACUAGUGUUUAACUAUCAAACAUCUCGCAAAUUUUCUUGUUUAAGUUGUUUUUUUGGCAAUUUUCGUGAUCCACCUAUCGUGUUCAAAAACUCAAUCACCCUAGGUCAGAUUUGAUUUCAGGUGAUACCCUGUAAGUUGAGUACGACAUUGCAUUUUUAAACCUGUGGGAAAAUAGUGGGAUUUAGGAAAUUCGUGUUAAUUAGUUAUUAUGUCAUCUAAAAUUUUUGAAAAAGCAAAAACCGUAGAAAAAAGAACAUUGAGGGCGACACCUCAAAGUUCUCUAUUGAUUAAGAGAACACAAGCAAGUUGACGUGUAAAAUUACAAUCUGAAUUGUAGGAUGUGGUUCUGUGGUAAACAACACCUUGACAAGUCCUGGAUUUCCAAGAAAAUACCCAAAUAACAUGCACUGUGUGUACAACGUUUCUAUUCCAUCAGGAAAGGCACUGAAGAUCAGUUUUUCAACUCUUGAACUGGAAUGCGGGUGAGUAAUUUUUUAACAAUAGAGAGAUUUAGAGUCACUGCAAACGGCAAACGUUAGAUUCAAGUUGAGAAUAUCUCAAAUAAAAAAUAGCGGGUAAAAACAGCUCAAAUCAAUUCUUAUGGAUAAAACUGGCGUGAAACAAUUUAAUUAACUUUUUUGUAGAAGUCAUGAACCGUUAACGUCAAGAAAAGGAAAAACUUGGUCACGUGGUACAGAUUCACUUUUGCCAUUUAAAGUUAACGUGACAGAUGACAAACAAUUGAAAACCACUUAACUGACUCGGCUUUGGUAAGAGUAGAAUAGAAACGUAACUUGAAGUAAUACUUGUUACUCUAAAACGUAACAUUUUAGCUGGUCAAAACAUACUCACGAAUUCCGACGUUCGGCUUGUACGCUGCAAGUUUGCGGAUCUGUGAUUUUAGGCCUAGAAAUAAGACAAAAUCAGGCUUCUCAAAACCCAGGCCAGGCAGGUAAGUAUAUCCCGCCGGGAAAAACACCGGCCAAUGAGAAUAGCCCUCUAAUGUUAAAAUUAAGAAUGUAAGAAGAAGAAUGUAAAACACACUGAUACUCUUUAAUCGUUUUAAUACUCUUUAAUUCUUAAAAGAAUUAAAGAGUAUUUGCCAGUAAAUUAGCAGUCUGGUCGACAUGGCGUGAAAAAUAGAUUUCGCUCAUUUCUUGUGCGUUGAAAGACUUUCAUGUACCUGUACUUAACGGCCCCAAUCCGCUAGACUGUAUAUUUAAAACUCUCGAAUUUUUGAGACAAUUUUGGUUCACCCCAUCGAACGCUCGCGUUGCGGGGCUUAAUUCAAGGCUGAAAAUCAACAAAACUUUGAAUGUUGAUUUGGAAAGUAAUAGUAAUUAUUAGAUAAAAGAAAUAACACAAAAAGCCAUCAUAAUUCCUUUGACAUAACACAGCGUUUUCUGCCACAACAAACACAAUUUAACGCCAUAGCAAGAUUUUAACGAUCCCCUUCCCGCACUGUUAGAUUAAGUGGAGCCAAACCACCCCCAAAAUGGGGUCCCUGAAAUGUGUCAUUUGCUCUCGGAUAAAAAAUUGAAGUAGAGUAACACAUAUAGAAACGAUGAUAUUUUGUGAAAGAUUUCUUCCGAAAAAGAUAUAAUUUCUACGAUUUCUUCGAUUCUUUCUUCUCCUAAAAUACUGCGUAAACAGUGCAUUCAUUAGCCAUUGACCAGGUGACAGCUCUUACGUCAUCAGUAUGGUAUUUCUGUUGUUUCGGCGCAGACGGCUCUCUCUCAAAAUGUUCCUAGCGGCAGAGAGCGAUGGGAGUCGGCUGUUUCGCAGCCUAAUGAACAAAAUUCAUAAACUAUUAUUUACAAAAUCGAAUGUUCGUUGCUGGUGCUCGUAGAUAGGCUCAAAAGGUGUAGAGACUUCUCAUUGGCUAAACCGAGAUCUGACCAAUGAUAUGGUUUUCGAUCUGGAAAAUGCCAUAGCUUUUUGAAAAUCCAAAUUAAGAUUUCACGCCUCAAGGCUUUUACGUGAGUUGAGAUGAGUGAAAUCCCUUUUACAGGCCUUUGUCAUCUGCAUGUAAGUAGGUCGAAAGCAAGAGAACAUAAAAGCCUUUUGUUUAACGUUAAUUGCCAUUUGUAGACUGCGGCAAUUCGACUGCUCGGGAGUGACUCAAGUGCAACAUAAAAUGAAAGAAUUUGAUCGGCGGCUUGAUAUUCCGCAGAAACGUUUAGAGUUUCGUUAACUCCACCACAAAGAACGACUCGCAAUUAGUUGAGGCAGGAGAACAUAAAAGGCUUUUAUAUUCUCUUGGCGGUUAGGGUUAUUUCUAUGAAUUUAACUGCCCUUGAAAAGUAAAAAACAUAAUUUUUCCCUUCUAGGUAUGAUUAUUUGAGGAUUGUAGAUGAUAACAACAGAGCACUUGGUACAUAUUGUGGGAGCGAACUUAGUGGGAAGGUAGUUUUGGUCAAUGGAAACUACGCAUUAAUAACAUUCCGCUCUGAUGGUUCUAUUCAAUACCAGGGAUUCCAGCUCACGAUAUUAUUUACUGAAAAUGGUAUGUUCAAAUAA